AUGAGCAUCGCGACAGUCAGGCCCGCCGACCCCAUGUCAUUCGAGUAUCACGAGAAUGAUCUGGAUCUUGGCGAGGACAUCGACUGGGGAACCGCCACUCCGAUUUCUCGGGUGAAUGUGCUGGAUGACAGGAAACUUGCAAACAUCAUCUCCAAGUGUGAGCUGCUUGAGCCCGCUAGGAUCCCGCAACAACAAAAAGCGCUCAUCUUACAUGAUGUAAAAACGCCUUAUGUGCUGACGAGGCAACACACUGUGCCGGAAAUCCAGAAUGGGAACGAGCUGCUGAUACAAAUCGUUUCAGUCGGGCUAAACCCGAUUGAUUGGAAGUCCGUCGAUUAUGGAUUCGGCAUUCCCAGCUUGCCUUACAUCGCUGGACGAGACUUCGCCGGAAUCGUUGUCAAGGCACCCAGACAUAGCCACAUCCGGGAGGGCGAUACUGUUAUAUGCGGGUCGACCGACUAUCGCGAUGUUCGCAAAGCUGCGUACCAAGAAUACGCCAUCGCAAGUGACCACACAGUAUGCCGACUACCGGAGCAUAUUCCAGUCACACAUGGUUCAGCCCUGGGGGUCGCCUUCGUGGCUGCGUCUCUCGCGCUCGGAGUCUGCCUUGGAUUAAAGCUUCCAGAUAUCGCUGAAGCGAAAGGGUCGAAAGGCCCAGAUAUCCGGCAAAUUGUCCGCAGAACCGCCUUGGGAGACCUGCCUUCAGACACAGUAUCAGAGUGUCUAAGCAUGCCUGAGUUUGAGCGGCCUGUACCAGGAGAGUGCUUAGUCAUAUGGGGUGGCUCUUCCACAAGCGCUCUGAUUUUGUCGCAACUCGCUCAUUUGGCUGGACUGAAAGUGAUCCUGGUCGUGGAUGUGGCCAAGCACGGCGCCCGAAUGAUGGAGUCCAAGGACUUCGUGCUGGUUGAUAGCCACAAUGCCGCCCGAGCGAGCGAUAUAAUACGCAAUUUGACCAAGGGCCAACUCCGAUUCGGCGUGGAUACCGUGGGCAAGCCAACCGCAGAGGCUCUGGCGAAGAGCUUGCAGGUUAACGGCGAGAAGAAGUCUCACAUCGUCGGCUUGGCAGCUCUGCCCAAGGAGCGAAUACCCGGCAUAGUGUACCACAGUGUCCCAGUCAAGUUAUUUCAUGAGGUACGAGAUGUCGGGCUGUCCUUGACGGCAUGGCUCGAGCAGGCUUUGGAGCACAGCGUGUUGAGUCUGCCGGUGGUCGAAAGCGCGCCAGGCGGGCUCGAAGGGAUCAACGCGGCAUUGGAUCGUAUGCGGCAGGGUCAGAUAUCAGGGAAGAGGCUCGUUGUGCCGUUGUAA